UAGGAAAAAGAGCACGUGAACAUGUGAAUUUUGAAGAGUGUGAUUUCUAGGAAGAAUUCUAAUUAAAAGAAUUUCACUUCGGUUUACUGUUUAGUUAUUCAUUUUCUCGCUUCUCUCAAGGUCCUAUUUUCCUCUGACUUCUCCAUCUCAUGAUGUCAGUAACAGUAAUAAGCCUUGAUGUAAGGAGUCUUUUCCAAAGCCAUGAUCGUCUUUUUUUGCUUGAUUUAAGGGAUUUCAAAGUGUAUGUUCCAAAAAUAUUCAUCCCGGCUUGUUCUAAAAUACAGUUCAUUUUAUGAUGAAGACGCGUUUCUCUAACAUUUGUAAUGCCACAAUGUUAGUGGAGCCUGCUUUUGGAAGUUCCCUUCGUCAUGAAAAGCCAGAUUUGCUGUUCACCAAGAGAAAGGAGACGUAAAGGAAGCAGAGGAGACAUUUGCUCUCAAGACAGUUAUACUAGGAUAGCUAAUAGGAUAAGGAGCACCUCCAAGUUGAAUUGUAAAGUUGCCAAAAGCUCUUCUGCAUGUAAAAUUCUUGCACCCCGAAAAAGAAAGUCUUGCAGGAAACUGAAGAAAAAACCCUCUAGGCUGAUCCAUCCUUACAACCUAGAAAAUAAGAGACCACAAAGAUGCCCUACUCCUCCGCCAAGACCUCCAGCAUAUUGUCGCAGACCAUCUAAACGACGAAGAUCCAAAACAUGCAAAAGGAAAUGCAGCCCCCGAAGAAGAUGUACGCCCUCAAAAUCUCCUUGUAAAAAGCGCAGUAGAUCUAAUUGCUGCUCUAAGGUAAAUUGCUGUUGUCCCAAGAAAGAUCCGUGUUGUCCUCGAAAAGAUUCUUGCUGUCCUAAAAAAGAUCCUUGUUGUCCCAAAAAAGAUCCUUGUUGUCCUCAAAAAGAUUGCUGCUGUCCCAAAAAAGAUCCUUGUUGUUCACAAAAAGAUUGCUGCUGUCCCAAAAAAGAUCCUUGUUGUCCGCUAAAAGAUUGCUGCUGCCCCAAAGAAGUACCUUGUUGCCCUCAAAAAGAUUCCUGCUGUCCCAAAAAAGAUCCUUGUUGUCCCAAAACAGAUUCCUGCUGCCCCAGAAAAGAUCCUUGUUGCCCUCAAAAAGUUCCUUGUCGUCAGAGAAAAGAAUCCUGCUCUUCUAGAUCUAGAGAGAGACAAAGAAGCUCUUGUUCGGAGCAAGCCAACCCUUGUAGGGAGCAAACAAGCUCUUGUAAAGUGCAAACAAGUUGCUGCAAAAUAAGAGCCAAGAGGUCUUGCUCACCUAAAGAGAAAAAACAAGACUGUUUCGAUUUUAGUCCGACCCAAGACUUUGGCUGUGACAAAAUGGAUGCAUGCCAGCCAAAUAAGGAUUUUUGCUGUGAUGGAAUGGAUGUAUUCCAGCCCAGGAAAGAUUUUUGCAAUCCUAGUCGCAAUAAUGAGUUUGCUGAAAUAAGUACAAAGAGGGGGAGGAGGAGGGUUAGAGACUUGGAAAAGCAGAUGAGGCCUCGAAGGCAAAAAGUAAUUAUCUGCCCCUGCCCGGAUCCAUGCAGUGUAAAUUCUGCAAAUCUAAUGCCCAUACUUUGCGAGAAAGACUCAUCGUACAAAAAGAAUAAAAAUCACUCUAAAAAUUCCAGGAAACUAUGGCGUAAACCUAAAAGAAUAGUCAUGAAGUCAGUCAAUUCUAAUACAUCUACUUGCGAAUGUCCCAUCAAACCCUCCGACGGGAAAACCUUUAAUAAACCGCCACCUCCUCCUCGACCGCCUCAUCUGCCUUGCCGUCCUAGUGGUGAUCCCCCUGCUUCCGUCUCCUAUGAAUCAACUCCUAAGAAUCAUGACUCCAGAAAAUGUGACUCAAAAGGGAAAGAGUCAUGUGUAAAACCCAAGUCCAGCCAAAAACAACUUAAACAGCUUGACUUUACUGCCGAACGAGAGUUUGAUCACAAUCUUGAGUCAUGUCCAAAACCCGAGAUCGGUCUGCCAUCAGAGGCCUCUCUGAAACCGGAGCAUUGUCCAAAAUAUCAACUUUCACCAAAGCCUGAGUCUUAUCUCAAACCCAAGUUGUGUGAGCGGAGUAUAGUACCAAAUGAUACCAAACAAGAAAAAACUGGUCCAAGGCCCAACUCGGAAGUCCUGAAGCUGUCCAAUAUUUCAAACUUUAUUCCGAAUGUAUCCCCCAGAGCACAGUUGAAGGUGGAUAUCCAAAUCCCUGGUAUGCGUCCAGAAGGGGGGGCCCAGUCAGAACUUGAGGCACCGGAUGAUGGUGCAAAACAAGUUGUAAAGUUUCAAUUAUGCCCGGAUUGUCAUAAUUUAUUACCUCCCUCGCCAUGUCUGGAUCGUUUUCCAAAAUCAGUCUUGGUCUCGAGGAAACCUAAAUCUAGCGCAUACGGUCUGGAUAUGAAAGUUCGAAAACGUAAACAAAAACCAGGAUCAAGAAAAUUUUUUGAGUUCUGCAAUUGUGUUUCGAACGCUGCAGAUCCCAGAAACUCUCACUCUUUCACGCAAACCAAAUGUAUCUCCCUCCCACAAUCUCAACGACUGUCGAAAUCUCCAUCGCCUAUACGAAAUCAACAGUCAAGCUUUCAAGAGCGAUUCGAGAAAGCAAUCAGACAGUACUCGGAAGGUAGCGUAAAUGGUUGUAUAAGCAAGAGUAGCACCAGAUUUGGCAGCUCAUCCACAUCUGCGUUAUCGUUGAAAAAUCCACGUCCACUAGGUGCUUUCAAAGUCGGGAAAACCUCUGUCAGCGUUCCUCAUAUGGGAUCUUCUCAACCUCAUUUCCAGUUACACACCAAGGCAUCUCCGCUGGGUCAGAAAAAACAACAACUGUGUUGCCAGGCACAGAAUUGCCCACCAGUCACUGCAUCAAAUCAAGAAGGAGUUUACUCAAAAUGUUUGCUGAGAACUGAGCCAAUUGUUUAUUGCGCGUGCAACAGUGGAUCUUCUUUCCUCAACAAAAGAGUCAGUCAAGGGAAUCAGGGCUCAUGUAGACCUACUGAAAUUGCUCAGAAAGAUGGUGAAGGAGACAAACAACAUGAUGUUCCCACAUCCAGAAGAUCUCUAUUCGGGUCCUUCAGUGGCUCGCCAUCAAAGGAGAUUGCAAAACUCAAAGAGGAAAACAGAAUUACGCUUCCGAUCCAGCCUUGCCUUGGCCUUGAAGCUAACAGUAACGAAAUUCAUUCAAAGAAAAGCAAACCUGCUUGUUUUUCAUACAUGGUUCAGUGCUUGAUGCCUAUGUGUACGUUCCCUGAUAAUGAAGCCAACAAAUCUACAGACCUUCCCUCCAAACCAAGUCUGCGAUCUCGUGGAAAAGAAUGCGAAACUGUCAGAUCAACGCAAAUUAAAGAUUCAAAAGCUCAUAGAUUGAAUGCUCUCAACAUUAGCUUACCUAAGCAUUCAAAUGUGAAAAUAAGUAUUCAGGUUCUACCUGUCAAAGCAUUUUCAAACUCAAAUCUUGUUCGCAGUGUGGAAAAAAAUUCUAAAGAAAAUGCAUCGGGAAAGUCAAAUGAUUGUACACAUGAGUUGAAAACAUCCUCACAAGCAUGCAACCACAGCAUAAAAGCAGAAUCAAAUUGUAAGAAGUCAAACUAUUUUACAUCAAGUGGCAACGAAAGGAUUCCUCAUUUGCACGGUGAAAAUGAAGCAAUUUUUCAUGAAAAGCCUGUGCUUUUAAGUGUAAGACCUCGCAAAUCUUGCAGUUCAUGUAAUUUGAACGAAACGUCAUCUAGUGUAAAUUUAAAACUCGAAAAAAACCUUGGAUCUCUCAUCAAUGAUCUUAAAGAAAAAUCUGACAAAGAAAAUUGCAGUAACCAAGUUAGAACUCCUUGUAGCAAAAGGAGUGGAUCUGACAGUCCAAUAAAAAGAGAUGCUCUAAAGAGAAGUGACAAACUCCUAACUAAUGUUGCUGCAAAAUCCAAAAUAAUAAGCAAAUCUAAAGAUGUUCCGCCUCCUAUUCCACCACCACCAGUUUUUCAAAAAACAACGAAGAACAAGGAAACAGGCACCUCUCCAGAGAAGAAGCAACAUUCAACUACCAAAACCAAAAAAAGCACUGAGUCACAGUGGUUCAAAUCAAAGAAAAAUGUUCGAAACUCAAACCAAAUUUUAGCAGUUAGUGAAGACCACAACAGCCUUGCCAAUUCAGUUGGUAUGAAAAAAGCAGGUAAGACGUCCUCAGAGCCAGCAAAACUGCAUGGUACAAGUGAUGUCGUUUGCCAAACAACUUUCAGCUAUUUUCAAAUUCAGGGAGAUCGAUCCGAAGAUUUCUUACGGUGCAAUCAAUCCUGUGCUAUUUGCUGCAAAAGUACGUGUGACAAGAAGUGCAGUACAAAUUUCAAUCAUAUCGAGGACCUUUACUCUAGGCAUGCUGAUAGACAAGUUGCAUGGCAGAUCAAGCGACAAGCUGAACAGCAGGCUAAAAAAGAGCAUGCACAACUAGCCCCUAGAAAGAACAGAGGCUGCGGUCAAGAAUAUGUCGGCGAAGAGAUUGAUAUUUUCUGUUGCAAUCAUUCUCAAUGUACACCCAGCCUCACAAAUAUGCUGCCGCUCACCAAAUCUGAAAGACAUCGUAAUAAUAAACGUAGGGCUGAGUCAACACUGAGUGCUCCGGAGGAAUUACGGAUACGUGAGAAAGGAGGGUCUGAAAUUCUUAACGAAGAUGAACUCUCAUGUGAGCUGAAUCCCAUUCGAAGCAAUACCAGUUCACCCUGUGUAUCAGCACCUGAAAGUGCGGAAUGUUUUUUUAAACAAAAAUUCAAUCGGUGCAUCGGAGCUUUAAAAACUCUAGCCCAUCCUCUUGGAACACAGCAAGGUUGACAAGAGCGGUACUCUUUCUUCUCCCUUUUUUUUGUUGUGUAUAAAAUGUUUUCGUCCUUGACCUCUGUAUCUUGACUAGGUAUUCAAAUCAAUAUUGUGCUCCAGUAACUAUAUAAUUUGUGUCAAAAUUAAUCAGGCCAAUGUCUGAGCAGAUUUUACAUUUGUAACCUUGUGUUUGGUUGUCCCUGGUUUUAAAAUCAGCGUUAUUUAUGAUUUGCAUCCAACUCAAUUUACUCGUGUCAUAAUUAAACUUCUCCCAGUGACCUCCCUCAGUUUAUUAUGUAAUCUGAUUUUUUAUUUACCUCUGACAGUCGCUGAGAUGCAAUGUGUAUUUUUAGUUCCAUUUCCAAAAAUAAUUUUAAUUUACUGAGCUUUUCUUUUCUUUUCCUUUUGAAGAUUCCUUCUUUAAAAUUAUCUCUGAGGCAUUACAAUUUUUACUUGUUAUAUUAAAUAACUUUCCGACUGGGGACAUCGAGAAUAAUUUUAAACUCACAAGAUGUUGCAUUAAUUUUUGUUUAACCACCUCACUCACUGUGUAGGGCACUGAAUAUGACAAUUACUUCUGCAAAAAUCAAUAAGACUAUGUUAGCUGUUUUAAUUUUUGAUUUUUUUUUUUUUUUAAAAAAAAUGCAUU